GGGUGCGCCGGCUGCUUCCGGUGUGGGUGACGAGUGGUUCCGAACUAGGGGGACAUCAACGGACGCUCAGGUAGGGACCAUGGCGGACAGCGGCUCGGAGCGGGCAGAUGGGCGCAUCGUCAAGAUGGAGGUGGACUACAGCGCCACGGUGGAUCAGCGAUUGCCGGAGUGCGAGAAGCUGGCCAAGGCUUCUGAUAUGGUGUCUACAUCCCGUAUCUUAGUUGCAGUAGUGAAGAUGUGCUAUGAGGCUAAAGAAUGGGAUUUACUUAAUGAAAAUAUUAUGCUUUUGUCAAAAAGACGGAGUCAGUUAAAACAAGCUGUUGCAAAAAUGGUUCAACAGUGCUGUACUUACGUUGAGGAAAUCACAGACCUUCCAAUCAAACUUCGAUUAAUUGAUACUCUACGAAUGGUUACAGAAGGAAAGAUUUAUGUUGAAAUUGAGCGUGCUCGGCUGACUAAAACAUUAGCAACUAUAAAAGAGCAAAACGGUGACGUCAAAGAGGCAGCUUCCAUUUUACAAGAGUUACAGGUGGAAACGUAUGGGUCAAUGGAAAAGAAAGAGCGAGUGGAGUUUAUUUUGGAGCAAAUGCGGCUCUGCCUAGCUGUGAAGGAUUACAUUCGUACACAAAUCAUCAGCAAGAAAAUUAACACCAAAUUUUUCCAGGAAGAAAAUACAGAGAAAUUAAAGUUGAAAUACUAUAACUUAAUGAUUCAGCUGGAUCAACAUGAAGGAUCUUAUUUGUCUAUUUGUAAGCACUACAGAGCAAUCUAUGAUACUCCCUGUAUACAGGCAAAAAGUGAAAAGUGGCAACAGGCCCUGAAAAGUGUUGUCCUUUAUGUUAUCUUGGCUCCUUUUGACAAUGAACAGUCAGAUUUGGUUCACCGAAUAAGUGGUGACAAGAAGUUAGAAGAAAUUCCUAAAUACAAGGAUCUUUUAAAGCUUUUUACCACAAUGGAGUUGAUGCGUUGGUCCACACUUGUUGAAGACUAUGGAAUGGAAUUAAGAAAAGGUUCUCUGGAGAGUCCUGCAACUGAUGUUUUUGGUUAUACAGAGGAAGGUGAAAAAAGGUGGAAAGACUUGAAAAACAGAGUUGUUGAACAUAAUAUUAGAAUAAUGGCCAAGUAUUAUACGAGGAUAACGAUGAAGAGGAUGGCACAACUUCUGGAUCUGUCUGUUGAUGAGUCAGAGGCUUUUCUUUCGAAUCUAGUAGUUAACAAGACCAUCUUUGCUAAAGUAGACAGGUUGGCAGGAAUUAUCAACUUCCAGAGACCCAAGGAUCCAAAUAAUUUAUUAAAUGACUGGUCUCAGAAACUGAACUCAUUGAUGUCUCUAGUUAACAAAACCACACACCUCAUAGCCAAAGAGGAGAUGAUACAUAAUCUACAAUAAGUGUCUCCAUGCCCUUGGUGCUUUUAGAAAAGAGUUAAAAUUGGAACUCAUUAAAAAAGAAAAAGACUUUUAUGGUGUAUAUGUUGGGUUUUUUUUUUUCUAAGCUCUUUUGUCUAAAAUUUAAAAGCUAGUGAAUAUGUUUGAGGCCCCUUUUGAUCUUCAGUUCCUCGAUUUCAUUGUUAACUUUGCAUGUGCAGUUGGUGCAAAGAUAUAUAAUACAUUUCUAUUGUCUGAGUACUCAAAAAAUUGUCAUAACUUACCUAAAUACGUUAUUCUAUCAUUUGAAACCUUUUUAGCUACUAUUUGUUUCCAUUCAGCUAACAACCAUAACUAUAAUAAUAAAAACAGUAUAUGCACGUUUACCUUCCAUGGUUACCUGUGUUUCUAAACAUUUUGUGGGAUAGUGAUUUAAGUGUUUUUUAAAUAAAAUUAAUUUUGUUGUAAAGCUAUUGAUUUUUUAGUAGAAUUUAAAAAGCAGCAUAGAACCUGUAAGAACAUUUGGGAUAAAGUUGUGAUUUGUGAAGAAUUUGUAUUUUAGUAUUGUGGCAGAAAGUCUCUAGAUUGAGUGUGUACAGAGCUAUCUGGUAGGCUAUAGACUUUUUUUUUUUUUUUUUUUUUGAGUCAAGCUAGUUUCAAUCACAGUAGCUUAUUGGUACCCCCUUUCCCUGACUUGACCAGGUGUUGAAC